CCGCAUCCUCGCUGCUCCGCAGUGAUGACGAUCCCCAUGCGGUGCAACGUGGUGAUGGUCGCCCAACACCACAAUGCGGGGUUUACACGGGUUUGCGGAAUCUCACCGAGAUUAAAACCUCCACUUGGCAUCAACUUACUGUGAACAGCUGAAGUUGCAAGUUCUAAGCACGACGCCUGCCCCCUACCCAUCUACCAGACUUCAUAGGUGGACAUCCUCCAUAUCCUACACGUUUGUCCGAUGACUUCCGCUGUGGAAGACACUUGAUUCCUCGUUGUUGUACAGCAACAGGCAGCGAGUCAUGUCACAAUUGUCGACCCCUCAGGUGCUUUACGCCGCUGGCGUGGUCAUUAUCUAUAUCCUCAUCCGCCUGCUCAACCACACCGACAUCCCCAAGAUCAAGAACCUCCCCGAGGUCCCCGGAAUCCCCGUCUUUGGCAAUCUCAUCCAACUCGGCACCGACCAUGCUCGUGUGGCACAAAAAUGGGCUCGCAAGUACGGACCGGUCUUUCAGACCCGACUGGGCAACAGGAGAGUCAUAUUCGUAAACUCCUACGAGACGGUCAAGUACUUCUGGAUCACGCACCAGUCCUCGCUGAUCUCGCGUCCUACGUUCCAUACUUUCCACAAGGUCGUCUCCUCCUCGCAGGGCUUCACCAUCGGCACGUCGCCCUGGGACGAGUCUUGCAAGAGAAGACGCAAGGCCGCCGGUGCGGCUCUCAACCGCCCUGCCGUCCGGUCUUACAUGCCAAUCCUCGACCUCGAGUCGACCGCGAGCAUCAAGGAGCUGCUGGAAGACUCCCGCGGUGGCACCAACGACAUCGAUCCCACCCCCUAUUUCGCGCGCUUCGCCCUAAACACGUCGCUGACUCUCAACUACGGCUUCCGCAUCUCGGGUAACGUCAACAGCGAGUUGCUCAAGGAGAUCACGGUCGUGGAGCGCGAGAUCUCCAAUUUCCGGUCUACGAGCAACAACUGGCAGGACUAUGUGCCGCUGCUGCGUCUCUUUGCCAAGCAGAACGCCUCCGCCGAGGAAUUCCGCAUCCGCCGGGACAAGUACCUGACGGAUAUGUUGGACGACCUGAAGAGGCAUAUUGCCAAUGGCACUGACAGGCCUUGCAUCACUGGGAAUAUCCUCAAGGAUCCCGAGGCUAAGCUCAACGAGGCCGAGCUUAAAUCCAUCUGCCUGACCAUGGUAUCAGCCGGUCUGGACACCGUUCCAGGGAACAUCGUCAUGGGCCUUGCACUACUCUCCACGCCACAGGGCCAGGCUAUCCAAGCCAAAGCGCUGAGGGCGAUCGAGGAGGUAUACCCCGAUGGCGACGCGUGGGAGAAGUGUCUGAUGGAGGAGAAAGUCCCCUACAUUACGGCGCUGGUUAAAGAGACGCUACGCUUCUGGACCGUGAUCCCCAUCUGCCUGCCCCGGACCAGCAUCAGGGACAUUCCCUACGGCGACGCCGUCAUUCCCGCUGGGACUAUUUUUUUCAUGAACGCCUACGCAGCAGAUUACGACCAGAACCGCUUCCGCGACGCAACCGAAUUCAUCCCCGAGCGCUUCCUGGACGACGACGAUUCCAGCAAGGAAACUACUAGUGGCACGCCGCACUACGCCUACGGCGCCGGCUCGCGCAUGUGCGCCGGCAGCCACCUGGCCAACCGCGAGCUGUACACUGCCUACAUCCGGCUGAUCACGGCGUUUGAGAUCGUGGGCCCGCGCGAUCCCGCCGCCGACGCGCCCGUCAUCGAUGCGAUCGAGUGCAGUCGCAACCCGACUGCGCUGACGACGGACCCGAAGCCGUUUAAGAUUGGGUUGAGGGUGAGGGACGAGGAGAAGGUGAGGAGGUGGAUUGCUGACGCUGAGGAGAGGACGAAGGAUCUUUAGCGUUUUUAGGGCUACUACUAGUAGUAUAUACUAGUAGUAUGGGUAAAACGGAACGUUAUGGGAACCUGGGCUCAAGGGGCACGUUUGACGCGGCGUGACCUAAAUCGUGUUGGAGAUUUCUGGUAUGUACAGAGACUGUACAAUCUAUUUCAAGCUGAAGUGUAAAGUGAUCGGGAGACUUUGGUGCUUUCGAUUUCACACUCGUCAUCUUCAGCGCCUGAGAAAACUAGAUAGGCACCUAGCACGUCAGCAGUACUACCAAUCGGUCUAGGAUUAUUGGACGUAACUAGUACUUGGUACAUACUACCUUAGUCUUGGGGUUUAACUUACAAGUAACUCGAAGAGUUGGUUGCUGGACCUUUCCCCCUUGAGACACAAUAUAGGUAUACAUGUC